UGCAAUUUCCCCCCAAAAAUUCUCCGCUCAUUUUUCUUCCUUCUUCUUCUCCGAUUUCUUCUUAAUUCGCACAGAUGCAGAAAUCGAAAAUGGGGAAGCAAACCAAACCAAAAAUACCUGAAAACAUAGGCAAAGGAAAAGUAACUCCUGUCCAAGUUGCUUUCAUCGUUGAUCGUUACCUCUCCGAUAACCAUUUCACCGAAACCCGCUCCACUUUCCGCUCUGAAGCUUCAAUUCUCCUAUCCAAAUUACCCGUCAAUGAGGCGCCGAGGAGUUUAUUGAGUUUAGGAGCAAUGUUGGAUGAGUACAUAUGUUUGAAAGAGCAAAAAGUGUUUUUGGGGCAAGAGAAAUUGCAGGUUCAGAAUUUGUUAAGAGGGAUGCAAGAAGUUAUGAAUGGUUAUAAUGCCAGUGCAACUCUGCUGCUGUCUGCCCCAGUGCCUGCUUCUUCAAUGCACAAUUCAGGCCCUUUGCUCCAACAAGCUAUUGGGUCUUCACCAAUUUCAGCAGGUUAUUGUUCUGCAUACACUAGUCCAGUUCUUAUGUCAGCAUCAACACCUUCCAACACUGCUGCUGAUAUGAUGAAAUUUACUACUCCAGUUUCCAUCCCGACAGCUUCAAAAAGAAAAGGGUCCAAGGAUGUUUCAGAUGUUUCCAUAACUGCCAAAAAAUCUCGUACACGGUCACCCACCAAUCAGUUGCUACUUAAAGGUGCUAGUGCAAUGCCACAAGAUGAUAAGCAUAACAACAAUUUGAAGAGCUCAGCAGUUCAGCCAUCAGAUCCCAUUGAUGAACCCAAAAGGUCACCAGCCCAAGGAUCUAACAAUGCCAAGUGUUUGUCAGACCACCCCAUUCAGUCCCCUCUAACUAAUUAUUCUGGUCCCAAGACACCUCCAAUAGAAUCGUCAUCCCAAACUGACAAAUCUAUAUCCCCACUUGGAAUUUGUUCAACAGCAACUUCAAUCAAAGAAGCUACUCCCUCUCAUCUAAUGUCGACUAACCGCAUGAUAAUCUCUUCAGAAACAAUUCAAGUGACCCCCACCAAACAAAUAGCAUACUAUUCCAUAGAAAGAAAUCACUGUGUUUCGACUUCCUCACCAGUUAAAGCAAACUUGACUAGGUCUGUGAGGAGAGAUCAAGUAAAAGGUAGGUUAGAUUUUGAUGCCUCAGACAUUCCAAGUUGUUCAGAGGCACCACAAGUUCCUGACAGGAUUUCAACAUCUGAUUCUGAGAAGGAAGGAGAUACUUUUGACUUGGAUUUAUCUAAUUUGGAUCUUCUGGGUGAGAAUUUUAAUCUUUCUGAGCUGCUGCAUCAUUUCGACAUUGAUGUACAAGGGGUUGAUCAUUCUUGCCAGGACAAACUGGACUUUUCUCCAGAGUCCUUUUCAUGGUCACCAUAUGAGUCUGGAAAUGUCAACAUUGAUGGAAACCAAAUAACAUCACAGAUUUCAUCGACAGUUACCAAAGUCUUUUCAGAGAAAGAUACAAGUUUACUAGGUUCAGAUACUGUGAAAACUGUGAAAUCGGUUACCAAACGUAUCCAACUUUUAAGUCCUGUUAAGAGUAACAGAAGCUCGAGACAUUAG